AUAAUUCAUGAAUUCAUGACACGGGAACUCGUCAUGGAAGCGAGGUUGAUAGGAUGCACGCUGCCUCAGUUCUAUUUAUCAAAAAUGGCUACUGGAGGUGAUAUAAAAUAUUUUCAAGCAAGGUUUUCCUGUGCAGACGAGAAAUAUGCUGUCUCCAAAGCACCAUUUUCAUUACCUGGUACAGUUGGAAGUCCUGAACUCAAUUCUUUGAUAAAUGGAAUGCUAAAGCAAGGAGAAGAUGGUAUUAACUUUGAUUUUCUUAUCAAUGGAACACUAUUAAGAUCAACUUUGAUAGAAUUAGUGGAAAAGCAUGGAGUGUCCACUGAAAGUGUCAUAGAGAUUGAAUAUGUGCUAAAGAGCGAAGCACCAAACCUUAAAUGCUCUAUUCUUCAUGAUGAUUGGGUGAGCUGUAUUGAUAUGACUUUUAAAAGAAUAUUAAGUGGCAGCUAUGACUAUUUAGCAAGGAUCUGGAAUAUGAAAGGUGAGCUGGAGAAAGAAUUGAAAGGACACACAGCAGCUGUUAAAGGAGUUUGCUGGGGAAGAACAGAUGGGGAGAAUUCUACAAUACUUACAUCUUCUCAAGAUCAAACAAUUAGAAUCUGGGAGUGGUCGGAAGGUGGUGACUCUUGCGAAUGCAUUCACGUGUGCAAAGGACAUGCGGGAAGCGUCGACUGCAUUGGAUUUUCACCGGAAAGGCAAAAGUUUUGUAGUGGAUCUUGGGACAAAAUGAUCAAAAUCUGGUCCGCAGUGCCUGACAAAGAGGCCUCAGAUGAAAUAGAUCCAGAACGAGAUGAAGAUCGGAAAAGGAUCAAAGCUGAACCGUCAAGGCGAAAAGCAACAACUAGGACGCCGCUUCAAACCAUGUCUGGUCACACUGAAGCAGUCUCCUCAAUACAAUGGGUUGAUGCUACAGAUAUUAUCAGUAGUGGCUGGGACCACUGCAUUAGAGUUUGGGAUGUCCAAACUGGUAUCAAUAAAAAUAGUUUGCCUGGGAAAAAAGUAAUUACUAGCAUAUCACAUUCCAAUUUGUCUGGACUUAUUGCUUCUGGAAGUACAGAUAAUUACGUCCGAUUAUGGGAUCCGAAAUCCGAAGAUGGAAUGAUAGUGAAAUCUACACUUUCGUCCCACCAAGGCUGGGUCUCCUCUGUCUGUUGGUCACCAACAAGCCAAUAUGAGUUGUUAUCUGGCGCAUACGAUUCCAAGGUGAAGGUCUGGGACAUACGAAGCACCCAGUCUUGCUUGCACACGCUGGAAUGUCACCAAGAUAAAGUUAUGUGCGUUGCUUGGAAAGAGCCUGAGGUACUUCUCAGUGGUGGAGCAGAUAACCAAUUAGCUGUUCAUAUGUACAACAAAGGAGGCACUACGUCCAAAGAAGAAUAGUUCUGCCUUCAGAUGUUAUUUUGCAUUUGAGAAAGAUGCAUCGGAGAAGAUAUCUACCUUGUUUGUUUUGCUCGGUGAGGAUGUGGUCGCCAUUUGUUUGAACAUAGCGGUUGACGGUUGAUCAACAAACAAUAGGAAAAAUCUCUGAUGGACACGCACUUGUUGUUGGCGAUCAAUGAAAGAUUUAUAGAUGCAUAUGUCAUAAUGUUACAUAUAUUUUGAAAAUUGAUGCUCACAGAUGCUUAGUUAGGUUUUAUUAUUGAAAUUUGUUCCUCGUAACUGGAUGCAAAUAAUUGAAUCUAAUCUUCCCAAAGUUUUUUAGCCGUGUACAAUUAAGUAUCGCAUGUUCUGCAGCCACUUGCAACUGUACUGAAUAUGUAACGGGCUGAUAUCGCGUCCUGUAUUGAUGUUCUAUGUAUUGUGGGAGAGCCUGAAUGAUGUUCUAUGUAGCAAGAUGAUUAAACUGAAUGAGCAGUGUCCUCCUUGGAUAUUAUCUGAGCCUAUUUGGGCAGAGCUGUUGAUAAACAUCUGCACGCAAAGAACAAUAGGCGAAUGAUAAGCAAUCUUAAUAAGUCUUAAUUACAUGUCAAGUAAUGUAGAGUCAUGUCAGACAUUAGUAUUACUGUCCAGUGAUGGAUAGUUAUUCAAAUGUCUAAAGUGUGUGGAGGAAAUGCGGAAGACCCUAAUUCACUUAAAACUGUAUCUUUUUCGGCAUCUAUAAAGAUAUAUCUGGGUCACAUAUCCUCUAUAAGCAUAUUUAGGCCCAGGGCAACCGCCUUACUUUCCUACAGAAUAUACACGUUCUUAUAGAUCAAUUCGAAGUUUAGUUUACAAAAUGCAGGUAACUCAGGUCCUAAUACGAUAGAUAGUUUUAUCUAGCUGAUAGAAAUGGCUGUUGCAUGCUAUCAAUGUUACGCUUUUUUUUAAAAAAAUUUGCUUAGCUCAAAAUCGCAUCAUUGAGUUCGGGCCCCUUGAAUGAAUUUUCUUGUGUUCAGUAUCGUCAUUUUUUCCUGAAAAAGUAUCUAUUUAAAUAACGCUUGCUAUCUGGAAAGUUUUUUUGUUUAAUUUUUGGGUUAAGCUAUCUUACCCAGCUUUAGAUUUCUUCUGUGAUUUUGAUGAUCUUCUUUCUUACUAUUA